ACUUUCUGGAUUCUUCAAAAGUAUCUGCAGUGGCUGUUCCACCAGGAGUGCCUCAGCCUGCCUGGAAGAUGCCGAGAUCGUGCUGCAGCCGCUCGGGGGCCCUGUUGCUGGCCUUGCUGCUUCAGGCCUCCAUGGAAGUGCGUGGCUGGUGCCUGGAGAGCAGCCAGUGUCAGGACCUCACCACGGAAAGCAACCUGCUGGAGUGCAUCCGGGCCUGCAAGCCCGACCUCUCGGCCGAGACUCCGGUGUUCCCGGGCAAUGGCGACGAGCAGCCUCUGACCGAGAACCCCCGGAAGUACGUCAUGGGCCACUUCCGCUGGGACCGAUUCGGCCGCCGCAAUAGUAGCAGCGGCAGCGGCGCAGCGCAGAAGCGCGAGGACGUCGCGGCUGGCGAAGACCGCGGCUUGCUACCUGAGGGCGGCCCCGAACCCCGUGGCGAUGGCGCCGAGCCGGGCCCGCGCGAGGGCAAGCGGUCCUACUCCAUGGAGCACUUCCGCUGGGGCAAGCCGGUGGGCAAGAAGCGGCGCCCGGUUAAGGUGUACCCCAAUGGCGCCGAGGACGAGUCGGCCGAGGCCUUCCCCCUGGAGUUCAAGAGGGAGCUGACCGGCCAGCGGCCCCGGGCGGGGGAUGGCCCCGACGGCCCUGCCGACGACGGCGCGGGGCCCCGGGCCGACCUGGAGCACAGCCUGCUGGUGGCGGCCGAGAAGAAGGAUGAAGGCCCCUACAGGAUGGAGCACUUCCGCUGGGGCAGCCCGCCCAAGGACAAGCGCUACGGCGGCUUCAUGACCUCCGAGAAGAGCCAGACUCCCCUGGUGACACUGUUCAAAAACGCCAUCAUCAAGAACGCCUACAAGAAGGGCCAGUGAGGGCACAGCAGGGUCCUGGGGCUACCCUCCCCAGGGAGGUCGACCCCAAAGCCCCUGCUCUCCCCUACCCUGCUGCCGCCCAGCCUGGGGGCGGUGGUCGCGGCAGAUAUGCAGCCUCUUAAAGCUGUCUGUAGUCAGGAAAUAAAACCUUUCAAAUUUCACAUCC